AUGGCAACAUCAAAUGAGAGGUGGAUCGACAGUCUUCAGUUUUCCUCAUUGUUUUGGCCACCUCCACAAGAUGCUGAGCAACGGAAGGCCCAAAUUACUGCCUAUGUUGAGUACUUUGGUCAAUUCACAUCGGAACGAUUUCCUGAAGAUAUGUCGGAGCUGAUCCGGAGCCGAUAUCCCUCCAAGGAAAAUCGACUUUUUGAUGAUGUUUUGGCAACGUUUGUCCUUCACCAUCCGGAGCAUGGUCAUGCUGUUAUUCUUCCCAUUAUUUCUUGUAUCAUUGAUGGUACACUAAAGUAUGAUAGAAAUGGUCCUCCAUUUGCUUCUUUCAUUUUCUUGGUCUGCCCCAGCAGUGAGAAUGAGUAUUCUGAGCAGUGGGCACUUGCAUGUGGGGAGAUCCUACGAAUCUUGACUCACUAUAAUCGCCCACUUUACAAGAUUGAAUGUCCAAAUAAUGAAGUAGAUAGAAGUAGCAGUGGAAUUCAUGCUUCAACAAGUAAAUCAACAGAUGCAGAACCUUCUUUGCCUUUCUCCCAACAAGAGAGGAAGCCAUUGAGGCCAUUAUCUCCGUGGAUUACUGAUAUAUUGCUUGCUGCACCUCUUGGUAUUAGGAGUGAUUACUUCCGUUGGUGCGGCGGUGUCAUGGGGAGAUAUGAAGCCGGAGAACUAAAGCCGCCUUCAACAGCUUCUUCUCGUGGAUCUGGAAAGCAUCCACAACCAAUACCCUCAACUCCUAGAUGGGCGGUUGCUAAUGGUGCUGGCGUCAUACUAAGUGUAUGUGAUGAGGAAGUAGCUCGUUAUGAGUCUGCGACGUUAACUGCAGCAGCUGUUCCUGCACUUCUGCUCCCUCCCCCAACAACACCUAUGGAUGAGCAUCUAGUAGCAGGGCUACCAGCUCUUGAGCCAUAUGCACGCCUAUUUCAUAGGUACUAUGCAAUUGCUAGUCCAAGUGCUACCCAAAGGCUGCUUCUUGGACUUCUAGAAGCUCCGCCAUCUUGGGCCCCAGAUGCACUUGAUGCUGCUGUACAACUAGUGGAACUCCUUCGAGCAGCAGAAGACUAUGCCUCAGGCAUGAGGCUUCCAAGGAAUUGGAUGCACUUACAUUUCUUGCGUGCAAUUGGAAUUGCAAUGUCCAUGAGAGCAGGUAUUGCUGCAGAUGCUGCAGCUGCUUUGCUUUUCAGAAUACUUUCUCAACCUGCCUUGCUUUUUCCUCCCCUAAGACAAGUUGAUGGUGUAGAAGUUCAACAUGAACCUCUGGGUGGUUAUAUUUCUAGCGAGCGAAAGCAGAGAGAACUGCCUGCAACAGAAGCAACAGUUGAAGCUACUGCCCAGGGAAUUGCAUCAAUGCUUUGUGCACAUGGCCCUGAGGUUGAAUGGAGAAUAUGCACAAUAUGGGAAGCAGCUUAUGGAUUGAUUCCUUUAAGUUCAUCUGCUGUUGACCUUCCUGAAAUCAUUGUUGCAACCCCUCUGCAGCCCCCUAUAUUAUCAUGGAACUUGUUCAUACCUCUUCUUAAAGUUCUUGAAUAUCUUCCUCGUGGAAGUCCAUCCGAAACCUGUCUCAUGAAGAUAUUUGUUGCUACUGUUGAAGCAAUUCUCCAGAGGACAUUUCCACCAGAGUCCUCUGUAGAACAAUUCAGAAAAACAAGAUAUUCAUUUGGGUCUGCCUCCAAAAAUCUUGCCGUGGCUGAACUUCGCACGAUGGUCCACUCACUGUUCUUAGAGUCAUCUGCCACUGUAGAACUUGCCUCUCGCCUUCUUUUUGUUGUAUUAACUGUCUGUGUCAGUCACGAAGCACAGCUCAAUGGGAGUAAACGACCCAAAGGUGAGCGUUCUCAUCAUUCCCACGAAGUAGGUGCAGAUUCACAAGGUGCCACUAGAAAGCAAAAGGACAGGGGAAGUAAACGAGGAAAGAAACAAGGACCUGUGGCAGCAUUUGAUUCUUAUGUUGUUGCUGCCAUUUGUGCUCUAUCCUGGGAACUUCAGCUUUUCCCUUUGAUUUCCAAAGGGAGUAAUUACUCAGAUCCCAAAAGUAUGUCUGACAUAGCAAAGCCUGCAAAAGUAAUUGAAUCGCCCAGUGUGUUACGGAAUGGCGUUGACUCUGCAGUUCAUCAUACUCGCCGGAUAUUGGCUAUUCUAGAGGCACUUUUUUCUUUGAAGCCAUCUUCUGUUGGCACAUCAUGGAGUUACAGUUCAAAUGAAAUUGUGGCUGCAGCAAUGGUUGCUGCUCAUGUUUCUGAUCUGUUUAGACAUUCAAAGGCUUGCACACAUGCUCUUUCUAUCUUGAUAAGAUGCAAAUGGGACAACGAAAUUCACUCAAGGGCAUCUUCACUUUUUAACCUAAUUGAUAUUCAUAGCAAAGUCGUUGCAUCCAUUGUCAAUAAAGCAGAGCCAUUGGAAGCACAAAUACUGCAUGUGCCAUUGUCGAAGGAGAUGCCUUCUUUCAAUGAAGAAAAACAUAACGCAUGUUCUAGCAGUAGCCACCUAGAAUCAGGGCAACCAUCGUCUAUUCAGUGCACUAACUUGCCUGGUUCAAAGGCUUUACUGAACUCUGAGAAGCCUUCCCACUCCAGUGAAGUUGACAAGGUUCCAGUGGGAAAAGGACUUGCAAGUUUUCCAACAGAGGCUUCAGAUUUGGCCAACUUUUUGACAAUGGACAGGCACAUAGGUUUUAAUUGCUGUGCACAAGUUCUUCUUAGGUCUGUACUGGCAGAAAAACAAGAAUUGUGUUUUUCUGUUGUUUCAUUGCUUUGGCACAAGUUGAUAGCUUCACCUGAAACACAGCUGAGCGCUGAAAGCACUUCCGCCCAGCAAGGAUGGAGACAGGUGGUUGAUGCAUUAUGCAAUGUUGUAUCGGCGUCACCCGCGAAAGCUGCGACAGCAAUAAUUCUACAGGCUGAGAGGGAAAUGAAGCCUUGGGUUACUAAAGAUGAUGAACUUGGUCAAAAGAUGUGGAGGAUUAACGAACGAAUUGUGAAACUGAUUGUGGAGCUAAUGAGAAAUCAUGAAGCCCUUGAAUCACUGGUAAUUCUUGCUAGUGCAUCAGACCUCCUCCUACGAGCCACAGAUGGGCUGCUCGUUGAAGGAGGGGCAUGCACUUCACCGCAGCUGGAGCUAUUGGAAGUAACGGCUAGAGCAGUUCAACCAGUGCUUGAGUGGGGAGAAUCGGGACUAGCGGUUGCAGAUGGCAUUUCAAACCUGUUAAAGUGUCGCCUCCCAGCUACAGUUCGUUGUGUUUCUCAUCCAAGUGCCCAUCUUCGUGCUCUCAGCACAUCAGUUCUUCGUGCUAUUUUACAUGCUAGUUCGAUAAAAUCAAGUAGCCAACAAGUGGAAAGAAAUGGCAUUUGCAGUCCAUAUCAGUAUCUUAAUGUAGGCAUUACCCAUUGGCAAGCAGAUAUUGAAAAGUGCUUAAUAUGGGAAGCCCGUAGCCGUCUAGCGAGUGGCUUGCCCAUCCAAUUUGUUGGUUCUGCCGCAAAGGAACUAGGCUUCACUAUACCCGUUUGA